AAUGGGGUUUCAAAAGGUAUACAUAUUUAAAGCUUUGAACACUGUAUUCUCAUGCAGCUCAAGUUGCUGUACAUCUUGAAAUCACAAUAGGAUGGAUUCUCAUAAAGAAACGAUUUUGUUUAUGUUAAUUUUGUCUUGCGCUGGAAUGGCAUAUAGCUGUGCUUGUUCAAGAAAUCUAAAAUAUUGUGCAAACGUUUACCAAAAGCCAGCGGACUUUCAAACGGCUCAACAAAAUUGCAGAGAACAGGGCGGCCAGUUAUCUAUCCAGUCGAAUGCAUCAAAUGAAGUUGUCGACUAUCUUCUUAAUAACCUGAUCGGGCACUUUUGGACCGGACUCUAUCUCCCAAGCGGCAAGUGUAACGCGAGCAUAUUAGGCGAAGGCUAUUGGAAUACGGAAUUUACCAAUUUGGAGACCGAAGACACGUCGUGCGUUCCGCUCUGUGUGUCUGUCUCCAGCGACGGAAAGCGGACGCCGAGACCAUGCACGGACAGACUGGAUGGAUUUUUGUGUGAGGACUUUAAAGGGGAUCUUUGCAAAGGAAGUGCGGACAUUCUGGAUGAUUGGCAUUGUGUGUUUGCGCCGUGUGAACAUACAUGUACUCAUAUAGACGCUGGAUAUAGGUGUUCAUGUAGAGAACGAUUCCGUCCAAAUGUACGAGAUCCACGCCGCUGUGAUUUCUUUUGCGCAAGGACACCUUGUGAGGCGUUAUGUAUGAGAAGCGGGUCGGCGUGUUGGUGUCCGGCAGGUUUUGUUAGAAGUGACCAAACCUGCGAAGAUAUAGAUGAAUGUGAAUCAAAUCACGGUUGCGCACACAAGUGCAUAAAUACUUUGGGAGGUUAUAAAUGUGCUUGCUUUGAACCAUUCAUCGUCGUUAAUGGAACUGAAUGCACUCUUUAUCCUAGUCUAUACAGUGGUCAAGUAUUGACACCGUCACCGAACUAUAUAGCAAGAGGGGCACUGUCGACCCCAGGAGAGUACGCUGGCGUGAUCAUAUUCCUAGUAGUGGCUCUUUUGGCUCUAUUAGUACUCGUGCAUUAUUUGCGCGGUCGUAAAGCAACUGUACAAGAAUGCAAUCCACCAGAUUAUGACGAGUUUCAAAAAAGUGUAUCAAAGUAAAUGAUUAUUGCUACAUAACAGUAUUUAUUUAUUUAUUUUUUAUUUUUUAUAAAAGCCAGUGGUAAUGCCUCUGUGUACACAUCAAGUUAUAUGUUUGUUACUGUAUACAUUCUGUGAAGAAUUAGACUUGGAAUGACAUCUUAUAUAAACAUCAUAUAAACAAAUAUAAACAUCUUAAUAUAGCCAAAACUUCUGUUAUGUUAAAAAUUGAAAACUAAAAAAAAAAGGUAUUGAAAAAUUGUUUUCAAAACUGAUCUGGCAGUAUUGCUCUGUAAGAAUUAUUAGCAGUGUAAUAGACCAUGUGGAAAUGGAUGUGGGCUGGGCACUCUAUGAUGCUGCUUCUUUAGGCCAAAUGUUUUCUGUGCAGGAUGUUGGGUGUUUCACUCUUUCUUUCUUCUUUCUUUUUUUUUUAUUUUUAUUUAUUUUUUUUUUUUUAUAAAAGCCAGUGGUAAUGCCUCUGUGUACACAUCAAGUUAUAUGUUUGUUACUGUAUACAUUCUGUGAAGAAUUAGACUUGGAAUGACUGUAAACAUCUUAAUAUAGCCAAAACUUCUGUUAUGUUAAAAAUUGAAAACUAAAAAAAAAAUGUAUUGAAAAAUUGUUUUCAAAACUGAUCUGGCAGUAUUGCUCUGUAAGAAUUAUUAGCAGUGUAAUAGACCAUGUGGAAAUGGAUGUGGGCUGGGCACUCUAUGAUGCUGCUUCUUUAGGCCAAAUGUUUUCUGUGCAGGAUGUUGGGUGUUUCACUCUUUCUUUCUUCUUUCUUUCUUUCUUUCUUGUUUUUUUUUUUCAA